CACUACUGAAGGCAGACGAAAAUGGUUUAUACCCUUAGAGAAAAAAAUCCUGACAGCUCUUAUUGAACAGCACAAAAACGUGGUAGAGAGUAAAAAGAGAGACGGAGCAUCCAAUCGUGAAAAAGAACAAGUGUGGGAGUGAUAGAACAGCCAGAGAUGGCUCCGGAGAAAAUCGUUCAGUUCCAAGUGCUGUUACCCCUGAAGUAGAGGCAGUUCUCAAUGUUCUCAAUCCAUGUAUGCUGGAUAAUAUUUCUACCUCAUUUGAUGAAAAGACUGGUGAACCCAAUUUAGAUGGAGAUGUUAAGAAUGUGAAUUCAGAAAGUAUGGUCAGUGAAAUGUUAAUGCCAGAGACAUCUACAAAUACAAGUGUGAGAAUGGAUGGAUUUCAGACAAACCAACAACCUGCUGCCCCAGAGGCACCUCAGAAUUGUGAUUUAACAACCUAUUAUGAAAAACCAUCAUCAGACAUGAACCCAAAUAUUGGCCCUUCUAGAAGAACCAGGAAACAAAAGAUGGAUCAGUUAUGUGAUCAAGAUAUUCUUCUAGCACAGAUGCAGAUGCAGCAAGCCCAACUUUCCAUUGAAAAUUUACGUUUAGAACGAAAAACUUUACAAGAACGAUACCAACAGCAACGAGAAGCUCAUGAGUGGCAAAGAGCACAGCAUGAAGCUAAUCUUAAUCUAGCAAUGUUACAAAUCAAGUUCUGGGAAAAGAAAACUGGUUAUGGCGAUAUGGAAACUUGAGCUUAAGUAUAUCAUAGCAUUAUAAUUCAAAUGCAUCAUAGCCAAUAUUAAUUUUAUAGAUUAUACUGUCGGUGAUCUUUCGUACGACAGCAGUUGCAGUUUGCUGUAUUAUUCUUUAGGAUAAUUACAACACUGCAUUUUUAUAUCUUGAUUUGCAGUGUGUGGUAAGUGUUUGUACUUUAUAGCCAUGAUUAAUGAACUAAUCAGGAUUGUCUUCAGGUUUAGCUUUACAUGUGAUAAGUUCUAUAUCCUUAGCAAGUACUCUAAGCUGUCUAGCUUGGAGAGACAGGUGAGAAUUCAGGCACAUAAUUGAACCUUUGAUCAUUCCUGACAUAUUUUCUAAAGAUGGGUUAAACAUGGCUUACAAUGACUAUUAUGUUGUAACUAACCAGAUUAGUUUUUUUACAGAUCAAAUUUUAUCUUCAUGACUGAAGCUUGUUGGUUAGAUGGGAUUGCUAAUUGUUCCAAUGAAAAUACAAACCAUUCACUUUUAUGUAUGAGUAUUAUUCAGUGAAGCUGGAAUUUAA